AAUUAGGGUGAAGCAAAGAUUCCCUUGUUGUGAUCAGCUGAUUGCACAGUGUCGAAAUAAUAAACAUAAACAAUGGCAUUACAUAUAUUAAAUAGAAUGUCAGUUACCAUAAAUCAUUGCAAAAAAGUACCUGAUAGAGGAUUUUUUUAUUGGUUAACAGUAAUAUUUAACAGAGUUGAUCAAGAAAGAAUCCGAUCAGUUGGUCCAGAUCGUGCAUGUGCUGAAUGGCUUUUAAGGAAUGGUGCAAGUGUCAGAUGGAAAAAUGUUACACAAUAUUUGAAAGAUUAUAAUAGUUUAUCAUCGGAAAAAAGUCAAUAUUACAUUCAAGCUGUAGAUGCUACCGACUCUGGAGUAACUCAUGUUGGAUUUCCACAUUUUGUUGGUUGCAGGUAUAUUGAUGAGAUGAAAUUUGUAAAAUGUAUUUACUUAUAUGAUCAUGCUCUGCCAUUGUUAUCAGCAGUGAAGGAUACCUUGACAACACUUGAAAUUAGAGAUUGUAAGAGUAUAACUGAUCAAGGAGUGCGUAGUUUGAAAAAUCUAAAAAACCUGAAGACUUUAAAGCUUGCUGGGAUGCCAUAUUUGGAGGAUAAAGCUUUGCUUAGGAAAGAACUUGCAGAAGCUUUGCCAGAUUGCGCAAUAGAAUUGAAAUAAAUUAUAUGAAACAUCAA